AUGGUAGAGCGAGCAGUAGCAAAUACAAAGAACCACAAGCAGAUUAUUAGUUUUGACGGCGAAAACGAAGAUAACUCCUGGACAGGACACAGCCAUGAGAAACAUGAUAUAACUGGCCCUUACCACGUUAGUUUUGAAACCGCCAUAGAGUUUCACGAACAGCAACUGCAAAUUUCAGUUGACGCAAUGGACAGAGCUGGAGAAGGUCGUGAGUAUUGUAACCUGGGUAAAAUUCAUCAUAGUUUUGGAAAUUUUGAACGAGCCACAGAGUACCAGAGGAAGCACCUUAACAUCGCCAAGGAACUGGGCGACAGAGCUGCUGAAGGAUGCGCGUAUAGCGAUCUGGGAAACGCUUUUCGAAAUCUUGGUGACUUUAAGCGUGCAAUAGAAUAUCACAAAUUGCAUUUGACCAUUGCUAAGGAAAAGGGCGACAAGAUCGAAGAGGGAGUCGCUUAUUGUAAUCUGGGUAAUGCAUACCACAGUCUCGGUGAUUACCAACAAGCUGAAGAGUAUCAAAAGCGACACCUACGUAUGGCUAAAGACUUGGGUGAUAGGGAUGGAGAGGGAAAAGCCUACUGCAAUCUGGGCAAUCUCUAUCAUAGCACUGGUGCUUAUAAACAAGCGGAAAUGUUCCAUAGAGAUCAUCUCAGCAUCGCUAAAGAAUUGGGUGACAGGAUUGGUGAAGGAAAUGCUUACGGUAAUUUGGGAAUUGUUUACAAUAGUCUCGCUGACUUUGAACAGGCCAUUGCAUGCCAUGAAAAACAUUUAAGACUUGCCAAAGAAAUGGAGGACAGGACUGGAGAGGGACGCGCCUAUGGAAACCUAGGAACCAUGUAUUCUCUUCUUGGUAAGUUUGAACAAGCCAUAGAGUGCCAUGAGCAACAACUUAACUUUGCAAAAAAGGUGGGGGACAAAGUUGGGGAAGCAAAUGCAUGUUAUUCACUAGGUUGCGAUUUCGAAUGUUUAGGGUCGUUCAAUAAGGCUAAAGAUUAUUAUCAAUCAAGCGUAAAGCUUAACAAUGCCACAAGAACUUUCCUUCAGUCUGAAGAUGACUGGAAAAUAAGCUUCCGUGUUCUGUGUCACGACACAUACACAGCCCUUUUGAGGGUUCUGUUAAAUCUUCAAGAAAUAGAGGAAGCCUUGGCUACUGCGGAACAAGGGAGAGCGCAGGCUUUGUUGGAUCUCAUGAAUUUACAGUAUGGUUAUACUACUGACCAAUCGCAUGACUCCUUUCAACCACAACGAGUAAUCUCAUCUAUCCUUAGAAACACCGAUACAAGAAUAGUAUUUAUAGCGUUGCAAAGAAAAACAAUUAAUUUCUGGAUAUUAUACAAAGACAACCAGAUACAUCAUAGACACAAGGCAUUAGAGGAUGAGUGUAGUCACGAAGAUGCAUCUUCCUUUUUGGAAUAUUUGAUAAAGAAUGCUUUCCGCGAAAAUGCUAUUAGCCUUCGUGUUAACUGCGAGGAUCGCUCACUGGAUAAACUAAGGGGUUGCGUUUCUGCCAGCAAAGAAACCAGUCAAGUCGCAGAAUCGUCCACAACUUCCACAAAUUGUACAAACAAGUCUUUGAGAUGCUUAUACGACACUGUGAUCGAUCCGAUUGCUGACUUGCUUCAAGGAGAAGAAGUAGUCAUUAUCCCAGAUGGCCCUUUGUGCUUGGCCCCUUUUUCUGCAUUUGUAGACCGCGAGUUGCGGCACUUAAAUGAAUCGAAAAGGAUCCGCAUCUCUCCAUCGCUAACAAGUUUACAACUGAUUGGAGAUUCGCCUAAGGAUUACCACAGUCGGCGUGGGGUGCUGCUUGUUGGCGAUCCAUGCGUGAGAGACAUCCCUUUUUUAUCGCAACUUCCAUUCGCGAGGCAUGAGGUGGAGACGAUUGGGAACAUUCUCAAGGCUCAACCCCUAACAGGUAGAAACGCUACUAAAGACGAGGUGUUGCGAAGAAUGACUUCAGUUGCUUUGUUGCAUAUUGCAGCUCACGGACGAAUGGAAACAGGAGAAAUUGCUUUGGCUCCUAAUCCAGGACGGGCAUCGACGAUUCCUGAAGAUAAAGACUUUAUUUUGACAACGGCAGAUGUACAGGCGGUCAAACUAAGAGCAAAGCUUGUUGUUCUAAGCUGCUGUCACAGUGCUCGUGGGAGGGUUACCGCUGAAGGUGUCAUAGGAAUCGCACGGGCUUUCUUGGGAGCUGGUGCUCGUUCAGUUUUGGUGUCGCUAUGGGCCAUUGACGAUGAAGCCACCUUCGAGUUCAUGAAGGCUUUUUACCAACACCUGGCAAAGAGACAAAGCACCAGCGUUUCCCUUCACCUGGCUAUGCAAUGCCUUCAAGACUCCGGUCAGUUCAGUGCCGUGAGGUACUGGGCUCCAUUUGUUUUAAUUGGUGAUGAUGUCACUCUUGAAUUUGAUUUAAUAGAAUAA